GUUCACAAUGCAGAGCACUGGAAACAGAAAUGUGAAUCUCAACAAAACCACAAACAGAGACUUCAGGAAGAGUGUAAAGCUCUUGAAAAUAAAAUCAUUGGUAUGCAGAGCACAAUAGAGAGUUUGAAAGAACAGAUCCAGGAUCUAAAAGAAAGCCACAGGGAAAGCUCCGGCUUGAGGUGUAGAAUGUGUGACCACCUGCAGCGGUUGAAUGAGGCGUACACCAACAAAAUACGAGAGAAAGACCGAAGGAUAGCUGACCUUGAAAACCAGCUGUUUGAAUGCACAAAGAAUUUGUCAUUAGAGAAGACUUGGACCUCAUCAAAUAAUACUCCACAUAAACCAAGGAGACAACAGAAAGCAUCCCUCAACACAAGUUUAAGAAGUGAAAGCCCAGAUUCAAGAAGUCGCAACACCCCAAACAAACCCAACACAGUAAAUAAAGAAGCAGUCACAGCAACUAUAGACAACAGGAGUAUAGAGUCCAGCCUUGGGGAGAGCACCAAAGUCAACAGUGAGGAAAAGGGUCCAAAGUUACGUCUCCGCACUCGCAAACGAAACAGAUACACUGAGGAUCCUUCUCCUGAAAACAAGCGACAAAAAAUCCAUUCCAAAGACUACACUGAGGAAGAAUCCAGCCAGUUGUUGGUUCCUGAAACUUGUGACCCAGAUAUCAUAGCUGUGGAUCAUGAGGAAUCUCCGGGAGAGGAGGAGGGACAUCAUCUGAUCCCGGACACAGAAGCUGGGGUCGAGGGGACAACGUCUGACAGUGAGUCUGACCCUGAUGAGACUGUUCCCCCUGGGUCAGUGGAGAUAUGUCCAGAGCCAGUGUCUGUGGGGGUUCCUCUGAAUGGAAGCAUUGACCCAGUGGUACAACUGUCUGUGCUGUGUGACGACUCUCAGAGUCUGAAGUCUUAUUCCAAAGACUACACUGAGGAAGAAUCCAGCCAGUUGUUGGUUCCUGAAACUUGUGACCCAGAUAUCAUAGCUGUGGAUCAUGAGGAAUCUCCGGGAGAGGAGGAGGGACAUCAUCUGAUCCCGGACACAGAAGCUGGGGUCGAGGGGACAACGUCUGACAGUGAGUCUGACCCUGAUGAGACUGUUCCCCCUGGGUCAGUGGAGAUAUGUCCAGAGCCAGUGUCUGUGGGGGUUCCUCUGAAUGGAAGCAUUGACCCAGUGGUACAACUGUCUGUGCUGUGCGACGACUCUCAGAGUCUGAAGUCUUAUUCCAAAGACUACACUGAGGAAGAAUCCAGCCAGUUGUUGGUUCCUGAAACUUGUGACCCAGAUAUCAUAGCUGUGGAUCAUGAGGAAUCUCCGGGAGAGGAGGAGGGACAUCAUCUGAUCCCGGACACAGAAGCUGGGGUCGAGGGGACAACGUCUGACAGUGAGUCUGACCCUGAUGAGACUGUUCCCCCUGGGUCAGUGGAGAUAUGUCCAGAGCCAGUGUCUGUGGGGGUUCCUCUGAAUGGAAGCAUUGACCCAGUGGUACAACUGUCUGUGCUGUGUGACGACUCUCAGAGUCUGAAGUCUUAUUCCAAAGACUACACUGAGGAAGAAUCCAGCCAGUUGUUGGUUCCUGAAACUUGUGACCCAGAUAUCAUAGCUGUGGAUCAUGAGGAAUCUCCGGGAGAGGAGGAGGGACAUCAUCUGAUCCCGGACACAGAAGCUGGGGUCGAGGGGACAACGUCUGACAGUGAGUCUGACCCUGAUGAGACUGUUCCCCCUGGGUCAGUGGAGAUAUGUCCAGAGCCAGUGUCUGUGGGGGUUCCUCUGAAUGGAAGCAUUGACCCAGUGGUACAACUGUCUGUGCUGUGCGACGACUCUCAGAGUCUGAAGUCUUAUUCCAAAGACUACACUGAGGAAGAAUCCAGCCAGUUGUUGGUUCCUGAAACUUGUGACCCAGAUAUCAUAGCUGUGGAUCAUGAGGAAUCUCCGGGAGAGGAGGAGGGACAUCAUCUGAUCCCGGACACAGAAGCUGGGGUCGAGGGGACAACGUCUGACAGUGAGUCUGACCCUGAUGAGACUGUUCCCCCUGGGUCAGUGGAGAUAUGUCCAGAGCCAGUGUCUGUGGGGGUUCCUCUGAAUGGAAGCAUUGACCCAGUGGUACAACUGUCUGUGCUGUGCGACGACUCUCAGAGUCUGAAGUCUUAUUCCAAAGACUACACUGAGGAAGAAUCCAGCCAGUUGUUGGUUCCUGAAACUUGUGACCCAGAUAUCAUAGCUGUGGAUCAUGAGGAAUCUCCGGGAGAGGAGGAGGGACAUCAUCUGAUCCCGGACACAGAAGCUGGGGUCGAGGGGACAACGUCUGACAGUGAGUCUGACCCUGAUGAGACUGUUCCCCCUGGGUCAGUGGAGAUAUGUCCAGAGCCAGUGUCUGUGGGGGUUCCUCUGAAUGGAAGCAUUGACCCAGUGGUACAACUGUCUGUGCUGUGCGACGACUCUCAGAGUCUGAAGUCUUAUUCCAAAGACUACACUGAGGAAGAAUCCAGCCAGUUGUUGGUUCCUGAAACUUGUGACCCAGAUAUCAUAGCUGUGGAUCAUGAGGAAUCUCCGGGAGAGGAGGAGGGACAUCAUCUGAUCCCGGACACAGAAGCUGGGGUCGAGGGGACAACGUCUGACAGUGAGUCUGACCCUGAUGAGACUGUUCCCCCUGGGUCAGUGGAGAUAUGUCCAGAGCCAGUGUCUGUGGGGGUUCCUCUGAAUGGAAGCAUUGACCCAGUGGUACAACUGUCUGUGCUGUGUGACGACUCUCAGAGUCUGAAGUCUUAUUCCAAAGACUACACUGAGGAAGAAUCCAGCCAGUUGUUGGUUCCUGAAACUUGUGACCCAGAUAUCAUAGCUGUGGAUCAUGAGGAAUCUCCGGGAGAGGAGGAGGGACAUCAUCUGAUCCCGGACACAGAAGCUGGGGUCGAGGGGACAACGUCUGACAGUGAGUCUGACCCUGGACAUGAGGGGACAGGGAAUCGAUACAGUCUCCGUAGUUCUCUCUUCAGUCCUUCAUCUGAAGAGUCCGAUACAAUCCUCAAAUCUCCAAGGAGAAAGGCAGCAGACAAGAAAACAGGACAGUGCCAUUCAGAGGAAGUUAAGAAGAAAACGAGUGAAAAGGACAGUAAUUCUGACAAGAAACUACCAUUAGUGGAGGGAUGUGAUGGCUACAUUCAAUCCUCUCCCAUAUGCCAGGUUUACAAGAAGUCUAAUUUAGAAUCUCCAGAUGUAAACAAAACAGACGCUGGGGUGGAGUCUGACGCUGAAUCUCCAUUACUGCUGAAGAUAAACAAGAACUUAGAUGAAAAAGGAGCAAAGGAGGGUAGCCCUGCCAAGUCUCGAUUGUUUGCUGAGGACUGUGAGAGUAUUGUGUCUCCUGUUGCUAACAGUUCAUUGAGUAAAUUCAGGAGUCUGUCUCAGGGCAGCAGGCAGAGAGGGAGACUUAACCAAAGUAAACUGUCGUGUUCGGAGGAGAGGAAGAGGAAGUCGGAGAACGGUGAGAGUUGGCUUAACUCGACUAAGCCAGCGGUAAAGGAUUCCCCGACCCUGAGACAGAGUACACCGAGUCAGGUGUUUAUGAAUGUUCCCACAAAACCCCAGCCAGAGAAGUCCACAGAAUCAGAUGAUAUCCAGGAGGCCAUUGAACUGUCUCUUAGAGACCAGGAAAAAAGUAGUUGUGAGUAUGCAGAUGUGGACGUGGCGCAGAAAGAUAAUCUGUCACUAUUCAAACGACACAUAACACCAAUGAAAUGUAUAAAAUCAGCUGGUAAUGUCCUCAGUUUCAAAAAGAGAAAAAGGAAAAAUAGACAGACCCCUAUUGACUGUGACCCUGAUGAGACUGUUCCCCCUGGGUCAGUGGAGAUAUGUCCAGAGCCAGCGUCUGUGGGGGUUCCUCUGAAUGGAAGCAUUGACCCAGUGGUACAACUGUCUGUGCUGUGUGACGACUCUCAGAGUCUGAAGUCUGAUGAUUUACCCGACAUAGAGCCCUAUACAGAGGAAGACGGAGCAUGGAACGUGGAGUCCUAUACAGAGAUCGACAGAGCAGAAAACAGCUCACAGAUCGGGAACCUGACAGAUUUCAGAAUCGAGGAUUUGAGAAAGGCUCCUAAUCCACUAACCUCCACCUAUAUUGAUGUUGAGAAUCCACCUCAUGGAGUGGAGGAUGGCUCCCUAUCUGUUCCCUGUAGUGCAGUGUUAAGCAGUGGAAAGAGAAAAAUUAUUAGGAUUCCUGACAACUCAGAGGAUUCCAAUAGUGAAAGUUUGAUGCCAAAUCAUGAUGAUAGCUUUGACAGAGUACCUGGUAAGGAGCAGCCAAACUUUGCUCAUGUGGACGUCGUCAGGAAGCAAGACGAGCGCCGACGUCUGCCGGCUCACAAAUGUGGGGAGUGCCGGGAGUACUUUGAGGGGAUGGGUCUGUCUGAGGAGGAGAUACAGAAGAGACUCCAGACGUGUUCCAGACACCGCGCCAAGCAUGCCGCUCCUGGAACUCCAGAACAUUUCUGGGACAUCGGGAUGGAGGACACUUUGGAGUGUGAGGAAAGAGGAUAUGUGAACACAAAGGAUCCAGAUGAAGGCAAGCCGAGGUUCAGGAGGAAAAGACAACUGAAUAAAAUGUUUAAAUCUAAAAAAGAGGAAGAAGGAUGAAACCAGGGGCAGCAACUCAGGAAAUCAUUUGAAUAAUUUACAUGUAUACCAGUAUGUGAUUUCAGGGACCAGAAAAUAUUUUAGCAAAACUUGCUGAAAACUGACUUAAUUUGUUAUUUAUUUUAACUGUUGUUUUAAGUUUCAUGUGUAUAUUAAUUAUACACAGUCAAAUAUUCCAAGUUGUACAUGUAUUGAAUUUACUAAUAUAUAUAAACUGGUAUAUUCCAAGUAUUAUUUAUCCGACUGUAAAACAGACUUUAAAAUAGUAUAUUCAUUAGUUGUUUUAUAUACAAUCUUUACACAUAUCAAAUAUCAAUUUUGUACAUAUGAAAUAAUAAAAUCAACAUAUGAUGGAAUUUUUUUGUCAUUUGAAAUACACUUA